UGUCAGGAAAUGACUGAAUGGCAAACAGGCUGGGUCCCCACAGCAGCAGCAAAGGAACAAACUGAUCGGGAAAGCAGGAAUGUCACGCUCAACAUCACGACCACACAAGUCAACUCGUUGAAAUCUUUAUAACAUAUUUUUCCUUUUGAAUAUUCCUUAUUUUUGGAUGUAAACUGGACUUGUGGAGUUCUGAAUCAGACCGCAACAAAGUGAUUUAAAAAGAGGUCUGGACACCAACAUGCCCAGAACAAUGCUCUUCCUAAUGCUGGUGAGCUACAUUGUGAGUUGCUCAGCACAACCUGGGCGGAGCAUGAAAGGCAACAGCAGUGACCUCCAAUCGGACUGGAUCUGGAACCAGCUUACCUGCUGGGAGAGCAAAUCAGAGCCUGUACAAAUCGGACCGAUUAACUCAAUGUGGCACAAGAAGGGCGUUACUAAAUAUGAGUUACGUGGUGAGGGAGUGGGAACUAUUUUUAAGGUGGAUGCAGACAAUGGAAAUAUCGGUGUCUACAGGCCAUUGGACCGAGAGAAGAAGGCUCGUUAUAACCUAGAAGGACUUGUGAUUGACAUAAAGACUAGGAAACAAAUGGGUCCUUCAACCAACUUUAGCGUUCAGGUACUGGACCUGAAUGACAAUGCACCCAUAUUUACAAAAGACCCAUUUAAUGGAACUGUUCCUGAGAUGUCUGACAGAGGGACAUCCAUUCUCACCGUGAGUGCUCACGACCCAGAUGACCCUACCGUGGGCAAGCACACGAACGUAACCUACAAGCUCCUGAACAACCUGGAGAAUUUCUUCAUUGAGCAGGAAACAGGACUCCUACGAGUUAAGAACCCUGACCUGGACAGGGAAAGGAAAAAAGACUAUCACAUCAUUGUCCAAGCUAAGGACAUGGGCCUUGAUCCUGGAGGAAUGAGCUCAACUGCUACUGUGUACAUCUCUCUGACUGAUAUCAAUGACAACGCACCCUACUUCCCACACCGUCAGUACAACUAUUCUGUGUCAGAGGCUGCCAGGAUUGGAGCUACGAUAGGGCGAGUGAAAGCAGAGGACCUGGAUGAAGGAGAGAAUGCGAAAAUAUUGUACACAGUUGUCAGUCCCAACAGUUUGUUUCGUAUCAAAACAGAUCCACGCACACAAGAGGGUCUUAUAACAAUAAAGGAGCCCCUGGACUUUGAGAAGCAGCGAUUGCACCGGCUUGAAGUGGAAGCAGAGAAUCCCACACUCGUGAAGGGGAGGAAGUACAAGACCAAGACGGUUCUCAUAUUUGAAGUACUAGAUGUGGAUGAGCCUCCAUUGUUCAGCCGAGACCACUACACCUUUCGUGUCUCCGAGAACCUUCCCGCUGACACAUCGGUGGGGACGGUUUUGGCAAAGGACCCUGACCAGACAAAAAAUAAAAUCGGCUAUUCAUUAAGAGAUGGGGUGAACCAUUUUAAAAUUGGGAAAGACAAUGGAAUUAUUACAACAAGAAUGAAGCUGGAUCGAGAAGCUAUUGCUUGGCACAACAUCACAGUGGAAGCCCAUGAAGUCGGUAAAAGCAAUUCCACAUCCAUUGCUCAAGUAACGAUUAAAGUGCUGGAUAAAAAUGAUAAUGCUCCAACUUUGGCUGAAAAUUAUAAUCCUCAUGUCUGUGAAGAUGAUGUAGCUGGAACAGUAAUCCAGGUCAUCUCGGCUGUCGACCUCGAUGAAACGACUCCAACCGUCAGAUUUCACUUCAGUAUAGCAGUGAAGGACAGCAAUUUCUCUGUCAAAGACAAUGGCAAUAACACUGCCAACAUCACCAUUAAGCAGGCAGGCUUCGAUCAAAAUGAGGUCAGCAAGUUCUUGGUGCCGAUCAUCAUCUCUGACAAUGGGCAUCCAUCCCUGAGCAGCAACGAUACCCUGGAAAUAAACGUGUGCUCGUGCGACCGAGAGAGAAAGCCGAUUAACUGCCGGCACUUUGCUCCACUCACCUCGGGAGUAACAGUCACCGUUCUGCUAAUUGUCUUCCUUUGUAUCAUCAUUGCUAUAGUCCUGGCCGUGCUAAUUGUCCAUCAGAAAAUGCAGAAGAAGAAUGCCUUUGUGGGCCUGGUGAAACCCCCGGGUGAGAUACGAGAGCAGCUGGUGAGAUACGAUGAAGAAGGAGGCGGAGAAAUGGACACCAACAGCUUCGACAUUACGGUGCUGAACUCCCUCCGGACAAAUGGGCCGCGGCUGGCAAAAGCUGUGAACUGCCCCCCAGUUUACGCCCAAGUCAGAAAGCCCAACAAUGACAUGGGCACAGUGGUCAAGAUGAAGAAGGACGAAGCGGAUGGUGACAGAGAUGGACUGCCCUAUGACACGCUCCACGUCUACGGCUAUGAGGGUGCCGAUUCAGUCGCUGAUUCGCUGAGUACCCUGGACGUCUCCUCCAUUGACUCCGAACAGGAUUACGACUUCCUUAACGACUGGGGACCCCGGUUCCACAUGUUGGCUGAGCUUUAUGGAUCAGACCCUUGCAGGGAGAUCUCAGAUUAUUAAAGCAAAAGAGAGAUGUGUUUUUUUUGGGGGGUGGGGAGGGGGAGCGGUGGAUGGAGGAAGGGAGUGAAGCUAUGAAGUUUACCUGGAUUAUUAGUUGAUACAGCAGAGGAAUGCCGGAAUGGAAGGAGGCCAUUCAGCCCCUUGAAUCUGUUCCACUAUUCAAAUGGAUCAUGGUUGACCUGUACCUUAACCCCAUCUUAACCUGCCUUUAUUUCAUAAUCCUUAAUCUCUGCGUCGAACAGGAAUGCUCAGCACCUCAUUGUAACAUCUAUUCUGAAGGACCAAAUUCAUCACAAUUAUAAAGAUGAGAGGCAAACACUGGGUAGGCAUCCAAAUUCAUUAACUUUGUCUUGCAAUACAAUAAAGAACAUUGCAUGCAGAUAAGCCCCAUGGUUUGGUUUCAUUACUCAAUGUAUCAAUGCACUGAACUACAGAAUGGUAGUUGGGGGGCAGGGGCAGGGUUGCAGUGGAGCAGGGAGGUAGUUGAGGAGGGAUGAGGUAUGUUAUUUUGAUCUGACCUUUCAUCUCAGCAGGGCAGUCCCAGGGUUGGGAAGGGUUAUAUUUUAUUGUGGGAUAAUUUUUUAUCGGAUGUGGGGGUUGCUGGCAAGACCCUAAUUGCCCUUGAACUGACUGGCUUAAUGGACCAUUUCCAAGGGCAUUCAAAAGUCAGCCAGUCAAUGUAAGGGGUUUCCUUCCCUAAAUUAGCAUUAGUGAACCUAAUGGGUUUUUAACAACAAUCAACUGCUAAUUGGCACAGUCAUGAAUAGCUUUGCAUUUCAGAUUUAUUAAUUGAUUUUUUUUUAAGUUGCACCACCUGGGAUUUGAACCUGUGCCCCAUGAGCAUUAGCUUGGGUCACUCAAUUACUAGUCCAGUGACAUUGCUGCCACUCCACCAUCUCCACAUGAAAUGAAAGGCUCUCCAUUGGGGAAUUAGAGCGCAGUUUUCCAAGUGACAAACAGAAUAUUGCUUACAGAUGUUUUCACACUGUUCCCAUAGGGAUGGCAUGAAAAGAAAAUCAGAGAUGAAGUCAGAAAUGUACUCAUAGCCUUCUAAGAUAUUGCACUGAGGGGGCAGUAACAUUGAAUGACAUAGAAUUUCCAGCACAGAAACAGGCCAUUCAGCCCAACUAGUCCAUGUUGGUGUUUAUGUUGGUGUCUAUGUCACACAUGAGCCCCCUCCAUCCUAAUUCACCCAACUUCCUAUCAGUUCAACCUUCUAUUCCUUUCGACCUCAAGUGCUAAUCUUGCUUCCCCUUAAAUGCAUCUAUGCCAUUCACCUCAACCACUCCCUGUGGUCAUGAGUGCCAUGCUCUCACUACUCUCUAGAUAAAGGAUUUUCACCUGAAUUUCCCAUUGGAUUUGUAAACCCUUGUAAACCCACUGCAAAAGUGAUCAAAUAGCACCAAAAUAUCUGAACACACAAAAAGGGGAACGGUGAAAUAAGCUUUGCUAUGAUGAGCUCUACUUUAAUAAAACUCCUUUUAUGAUGGAACGUUUCUAAAGUUCGGGAUGGAUUUCCAGUUACAAAUCUUCAAACCCCAGCCAAUCAGAAAUGAAGUGGGCAACUCUGCAUACCUUUUGUUCUGUAACCAUGGAAACUCUCAGGUCUCAUUGGUCCGCAUUGUACUCACAGAUCUUGUUCAAAGCAAUUAGAAUGUUUAGUUGCAUUUUAAACGUUUUAUCUUUUAGUUUGAUUUUAUACGCUAUAGCAGUAUGUAAAGAGUUAUGCCUCUUUGCAGGGAAAGGAUCUUAUCACAACUUUUUUUAAUGUGUGAAAUAAAAUUAUUUUUAAAUGUAGCUUCAAAAAAUUCUGAAACAAGUAGCGACAGGGUUUUCACAUGUGUACCUGUCCCAUGAGGAAAGUGUGUUUGUAAUAAUUUUAUUCAUUUUUCAUUUAAGAUAGGUCAUAAUUGUUCAGUGGCCAGUGUAACUGUGAUAUAAUAUGUACCUUGUUGUUGGAGGUUCUUUGUUUUUACCUAGGCCUUCUAGCUUCUAGAUAAAGUUUAUUAAUAAAAAGUUUAUAAAAGUUCAA